UUUCGCUUCAUUGCCAGAUCUUAAAUUAUAAAACAUAUUUAUUUGUGGCGAAGUUAGCGAGCUCUAGUAGUGAAAAUUUAAACAAUAUUGUGUAAUAUUUUGUUAUAAUAUAUUUGCCGGUGUACUUUUCUAGUUAAAUAUAUUAUCUAUAUUAUAACAAUACUUCGCGGUUUGUUAUUGAUGUAUCGUUUAAUAAUAAAUAAAUUGUUUUAAAAAAAUUUAUGAUUUGACCUUUUAAAUGUGUGUUCUAUUGCAGUUUAAAAACAAAAGCUGUAAUUGUUAUAAAAUGUGUUUAUCUUGUUGAAAUUUGACCAGAGACAUGGCGGAUAGCGCUAGUGAAAGCGACAGCAGUUCAGUGGAUGGAUUAUGUACAAUUCCUAUUUCAUUAACUAGAGAACAGUUUCAAAAACGAAUUGAAUCUCUACAGCAAGAAAAUAAAGUUCUUAAGCUUGAGCUUGAAACUUAUAAAUUUAGAAUUAAGAGUUUGCAGGAAGAAAAUAAAUAUCUGCGACAAGUUAGCGUUAACAUACAAGCUAAAGCUGAGCAAGAAGAGGAAUACAUUAGUAACACUCUUUUAAAGAAAAUCCAAGCCUUAAAGAAGGAGCAAGAGGCAUUAGCAAUUAAUUAUGAGCAAGAAGAAGAAUGUUUGACCAAUGAUUUAUUUAGAAAGUUGUCCCAGCUUCGUCAAGAAAAGGUUCACUUAGAGCAGACACUUGAACAUGAGCAAGAAGCUUUAGUCAAUAAACUUAUGAGAAAAAUAGAAAAACUUGAGGCUCAAACUCAAGCUAAGCAACAUAACUUGGAACAACUACGUCGAGAAAAAGUGGAGUUAGAAAACACUUUAGAACAAGAGCAAGAAGCUCUCGUCAAUAAGCUAUGGAAGCGUAUGGAUAAAUUAGAAGCUGAAAAAAGGAUGUUACAAGAGAAGCUAGAACAACCAGUUUCAGCUCCACCAUCUCCUAGAGAUAUCAAUAAAGGUGACACUGCUGCUAACUUAACUUUGCAUGUUCAACAUUUGAGAAGUGAAGUUGCUAAACUAAAGAUGCAGCUUUUAAAUGCUCAGCAAGAACAUUCUGAAAAAAUGGCCCAAUUUGCUAUGGAAGAAAAAAACGUAAAGGAUGAAAAUAUAAGACUUCAAAGACGUUUGCAAAUGGAAGUUGACCGUCGAGAGGCUCUUUGCCGCCAUUUGUCUGAAAGUGAAUCUAGUCUAGAAAUGGACGAAGAAAGGCAAUUCAAUGAAAUGUCAACAUGUGGUCACAUUAGUUCCAGAUCUGUGCCUAGUCCAGUUCCAUUGAAUCAUCCGUCUUUGUCUUCCAAUCAGCAUAGUCCAGCCAUAAAUAUAUCUGGUAGUCGUGAAUCAACUUCUCCUGCAAAUCGUUGUCAUCACUGUAAUCAAAGUCUGACUCAGCUUUCUAUAUUAUCCAGCCAGUCGCCGCCACCUGUAUUCUCUCCAGGAUCAACUAGUUCCCAAGGUGCAGUCUAUUCAAAUCGAGGAAAAUCUUUAUCCCAAGAACAUUUUCUGAAGCCUGCUGCACCGCCUCCUCCUCCCUAAAGAUAUUCCAUAGUUUCUUUACUUUUAUUAUGCUUUGGUGGUUAUGGAUGCACCUAAAACUAUUUUUUCUUUUAAAUUCAUUUAAUCAUGAAUUAGACUUUUAAUCUUAAUUUUUAAAUUUAUUUUCCAGGAUUGAAUAUUACUUCCAGAUUUAUAGAUUUGAUUUAAUUAAAAUCAAUUAGAUUUUUUUAUUUAAAGCAUCUUCAUUAAAUCUAACAUUUAUUUAGGUGUACUUAACUCUGAACCAGUCAUAUAGCAGCUGUUAUCACUUAUAUGUUCGUUUGCGCAUAAUAUAAAGCAUUUAAUUUUUAUUCUAACUGCUUUGGAUAAAGUAUAACAUUUUGCCACAUCAAUGCAUGUUUGGAGGCUGUUGUUCACAUAGUUUAUGUGAAUUGAUAUAAAAUAUUUUACUCAUAAAAAUAUAUGUAUACAAAUUACUUACAAUUGCUCUGAUAUGUUUGAGCUUCUUGAAUGAAUUUUAUUGUUUUAAAAACUCCAGGUUGGAUAACAGUUAUGUUAUUGAUUUCUUCCCUUUUUAUAUGUAUUUUUGAAAUAAAGUUCUUGCAUUUGAAUAUUAUAACACUAAA